CUCUCUCUCUCUUGCUUGUUUCUUGCAGUCGCUCGGGUUUUUGGCGAAGAUGGCGAACGAGCGUCUCCCUCUCCAGCGGAGGGAUUCGCUGCCUGGAAAAGACGACGCGCCGACGCCGGAAGUCGAGGUGGUGGAGGACUCCGCGGCGGGAGGCAGCGGGGACGGCGGCGGCAGUGGAGGGGAGUCGGAGGCGUUGAUGGUGGCGGAGCUCUCCGAUCACCAGCUCCAGGAGAAGAUUCAGCGGUUUGUGGGUCAUCUCUCCUACGGAAUAGCAGGCAGGCUGCCCGACAAGGGCGUGAAGCUCCAGGCCCACCUCCGGCUGCUCCAGGAGGAGCUCGACCGCCGGAAGCUCGCCCCGCGCCGCAAGGAUGUUGGAGAACAUGACAGGGCUGCACAAUCAAGAACCACAGAAUCAUCUGGUACAGUUAAAGAUUCCAAUGAAAGCCUUGAAAUAGUUGAAUCACAUUCACAACCCUCAUUUGCAUUCCAAUUUCCUCAGAAGUUAUUGAGCAAGGCAGAUGCUGCACCCAACAAGGACUUGAUAGAUAUUACUCUGAACAAGUGCAAAAGUUCAAGUGAAGGUGAAUGCCAAAUGCAUGAGAGAAGACAGCCAACUGAGAUAUCAGCACAACCGGCUAGAAUGUCUACCAGAGAAUCACCUUUCCCAUCUGCUAGAACUGUUGCCAACAAAGAUGAACGAAGAUCUUCUAAUGGUGAUCUCAAGGCUUUUGAAUCUUUCAGCACUUCUUUGACUCAUUUGGUGGAAAAUUAUUCCAGCCUUUCUACUAGAAAGAGGAGAAUUUCUGAAACUAGAGAUUCAUUGCAAUUGAAGUCAAAAAAGGUUCAGGAGGUGGUGCUCUUGGAUGAAGAAAUGCAACCUGUACAGCCAAUACAAAUAGAUGACUCUGAUAAAUGGAAGGAGGCGAAGAUCUAUUAUCCUUCAAGGUACCUCCAAAGGUCGAUAUCUCCGGUAGGUAGACCAGGAGGGGAAUACUAUUUUUUCAACACAUACUUUUAUAAGAAACUUGAGGAGGCUCUUUCGUGCAAGGGUGAUAGCAAUGCGUGUUUCUUAAAAUUGAGGAGGUGGUGGAAAGGUGUAAAUAUAUUUCAAAAGGCUUACAUCUUCUUGCCAAUACAUGGAGAUUGGCACUGGAGUUUGGUGAUUAUUAGUAUACCAGCAAAAGAAGAUGAAUCUGGUCCUAUUAUACUUCAUUUGGACUCUUUGGGGAUUCACAGUAGUUAUUCAGUUUUUGAUGUCAUUGAAAGAUAUUUAAAAGCAGAAUGGGACUACAUAUAUCAAAAUGCUCCUUAUCCAGAUGUUCCAAUUUCAGAAAGGAUAUGGAAACAUCUUCCCCGAACGAUUGAGAAGAAAAAAAUUGAUGUUCCUCAGCAGAACAAUGAGUAUGAUUGUGGCCUAUUUGUACUUUACUUCAUGGAGAGAUUUAUCGAAGAGGCUCCUGAAAGACUAAGAAAGAAAGAUUUAGCCAUGUUUGGUAGCAAGUGGUUUCAACCUGAAGAUGCUUCUGGCUUGAGAAAGCGGAUACGGAAUCUGCUGCUUGAAGUAUUUGAGAAUGCUGAGAUGGAGAAUGGCAGAAUAGAACCAACACAUCCUCUGGUAGCUGCGCUGCAGUGUGAAAACGACUGACAGCAAUGCAUUGAACCUUUGGGCCCUGCUUGGAUGUCCAAUUAAUAGAUCCGAAGAUAAUCCCCAGAGUAGGAUUUGGGGCAGGGUUAAUGAACAGAAAUGGUUGAGGUCCAUGGACUUGCCAAUUCAAAGAUCCAGGCUGAUGUACUCUCCCUUCUGCCAAUGUCUUCUCACUGUGCUCCCACCUUGUUGAAAGAAAAGUAGGCAUGGCAAUUUUGCUCUCAGAUAAUGAAUCAUUCAGUUAAGCAUGACUUUCUGCAUGAGUCCAUUGUGGACAAACUAGGUACUUGGUACAAGCCCAGGUAUCUGGGGGCUGGUUCAAGCUUAGAGAGGAAAUGAUGUGAAAAUGUUUGAUGAAAGCUAGCAAAACAAAUUCUCAUUGGUGACUCAAUUUGCUCAUGAUUGUGUUGUAAUAGAACGGAGUGAAGCUGCAGCAUAAACAUGGCUGGCAGCCACUGCCAGUGUCUUCUCACUGUGCUCCCACCUUGUUGGAAGAAAAGUAGGCAUGGCAAUUUGGCUCUUGGAUAAUGCUAAAUCAUUCAGUUGGGCAAGACUCGCUGCACGAGUCCAUUGUGGACAAACUAACUACUUGGUAAAAGCCCAGGCGUAUGGGGCCUGGUUAAAUCAUAGAGAGGAAAUGAUGUGGCAAUGAUGAAAGCUAGCAAAACAAGUUCUCAUUGUGACUCAACUUGCUCAUGAUUGUGUUGUAAUAAAACAGUGUGUAGCUUCAGCACAAACAUGGUUGGCAGCCACUGCUGAGCUCAGCAAGUCAAGCAUUGUGCUAGCAUGACCUUUUCAUUCAUUUGAUAGGCUUGGUUGGGGUGGUCUUUAGGCUCCCCUUCCGACCAGGUACAUUUUGUAAAGUGAAGAAUCUGAUAGGCAAAUGUACAGUCCAUGUAUAUGCGAUAUUUAAAACUGAUAAGCUUUAUAGCUGCUCAUAAAACCCUACCAUUGAUCUGUUUC